GGUUGGGUGUCGGGCUUGCGCCCUUCAAGUUUAUCCGGUCGCCAGUGUGCCGUGAGUCUUUGGCCGCGAGUGGAUCCACGCCCGGAAACUCCAGGACACAGGACAAAUCAGCAAACAGGUGGACCAAGAAAAAGCCAAAGGAGCUCAGCAGAGAGCAUGGUGCCGAGAUUAACACCGCGAGUGCUUGUGCCUAAAUUCUCCUGGAUCCGCUAGUAUGAAAAAGAGAAAGGGGAGAGUUCUCCAGGAUUCAGAAUUUGAGGAUGAAGAAAAAAAAUUUCAGAUUAUGAUGAGGACGGUAGGGGCGGAGGUGAGAGCUGGAGAAGAGUCAUUGUGUCGACCUUAACACUCCAAGAAAUAAGCAGGUGAAAGAUGAACCUGAUCAACUUGGACGCGGAGAACCGGGUGGUUCUCAACGUUGGUGGGAUCCGGCAUGAGACGUACAAAGCUACGCUCAAGAAGAUCCCAGCGACGAGGCUCUCCAGGCUGACCGAAGCCCUUGCCAACUAUGAUCCGAUCCUGAACGAGUACUUUUUCGACAGGCACCCCGGUGUCUUCGCUCAAGUUCUCAACUAUUACAGAACUGGGAAACUGCACUAUCCGACGGACGUCUGCGGUCCUCUGUUCGAAGAGGAAUUGGAGUUUUGGGGUUUGGAUGCAAAUCAAGUGGAACCGUGCUGUUGGAUGACCUAUACCCAGCAUCGAGACACGCAGGAGACCCUGGCAGUCCUGGACAGGUUGGAUCUGGAUUCGGAAAAGCCGAGUGACGAAGAGAUGGCAAGGAAGUUCGGCUUCGAGGAAGACUACUUCAAUGGCACUGUGUCCUGGUGGCAGCGACUCAAACCUCAGCUCUGGUCCCUCUUCGACGAGCCUUACUCGUCCAAUACAGCGAAGCUUGUCCGUUGUAGUAAUGCAUAUGGUCCAACACAACUCCUGCUAGACAACAUAAUCGGUGUGAUUUCGGUGUUUUUCAUCUGUGUGUCUAUCCUCUCGUUCUGCCUCAAGACCCAUCCGGACAUGAGGGUUCCUGUUAUAAAGAACAUCACGGUGAAUACAACUGAGAACAGCACCUGGGGAUGGACUUUAGACAAGCACAUAACAAACGCACACAUCGCCUUCUUCUACAUCGAGUGCCUCUGCAACGCCUGGUUCACCUUCGAAUUCAUCGUCCGGUUCGUCGCUUGCCCGAACAAGUGCGCGUUUAUCAAGUCCUCAGUGAACAUUAUAGACUACGUAGCUACCCUUUCUUUUUAUUUAGAUCUUAUUUUCGCGAAGUUCGCGACCCACCUUGCGAACGCGGACAUUCUGGAGUUUUUCAGUAUAAUUAGGAUUAUGAGGCUAUUCAAGCUGACGAGGCACUCGUCGGGCCUCAAGAUCCUGAUACAAACUUUCCGCGCAUCUGCCAAAGAGCUCACUCUAUUAGUGUUCUUCCUCGUUUUGGGGAUAGUGAUAUUCGCUUCGCUCGUGUAUUACGCAGAGAGGAUACAAGCGAACCCUAACAACGAUUUUAACAGUAUCCCUCUGGGAUUGUGGUGGGCUCUAGUCACUAUGACUACCGUGGGCUAUGGGGAUAUGGUUCCUAAAACGUACGUUGGUAUGUUUGUAGGUGCCUUGUGUGCUUUAGCCGGUGUGCUCACCAUAGCGCUACCCGUCCCCGUCAUAGUAUCCAACUUCGCCAUGUACUAUUCCCAUACCCAGGCGAGGGCGAAACUGCCGAAGAAAAGAAGAAGAGUGUUGCCCGUAGAGCAGCCAAGGGCCCCAAGACUGACUGGCCCCUGUGGGGCCUCUGGGGCGGGGCCAGCACAGGCCACAGGUGGAUGUCCAUCUACCGCGAUCUCCGCUCAGAACAGAAGGAUGAACGCCAUCAAAGCCAACCAUCCCAAAGAGGGCGGUCCUCCGAAAAUGGUUGAAAUGACAAUGACACUGAACCCCAACGGAGUCGGAGUGAAAGCGGAGUCGUUGAAACCGGAAGCGGGAUCAUCUGGCGGACCAGCCUAGCCCAAGUUACACACCUCAUUCGCAAACCAACAACCGAAGCUGUUUUGCACCAAACAUAAGCUCAGGAACUUUACUGCGCAACAUCUUCCCAUUUCUAAUACAGUCGAAUAUAUUUUCACCCUGCGUCAGAUAUUUCCCAUUUAUAUUUUGUACGAUUGUUAAGUUGUAAUUAAAAAUAAAAAUGAGUGAUAGUGGUAUUAAUUAAAUUCACGUAAUUCAACAUUAAUUCUUCUAGCUGAGGACUUUAUUUUUAUUUAUUUAUUUUAUUUUAAUUUUUUUUUUAAAGGUCAAAAGGAAAGGGUAACAUAUCACAAAAUGCAACAUUCUCUACACUUGGACCAUAAAAUAAACUUAUAUUUAAGUUAUUCUGCAAUAUUUAUAUUAUAAUAAGUUAAACUUAUAUGAAUAGUUGAAAAUGCAUGAUGUACAAGUUGACAAAAUAUUUUGGUAAUUUUGCGAAAGCUAACAUUAAAAAAGAUCAUUAAAGUUUUCCUCAAUCUACAAAAAAACAUAUAAUUUUUAAAUUAUUUUAUUGAAACUGUGGCAAAAUAGAUAGAAAAAUAUGAAAUGGUUCAGUAUUUGCGUCACACUUCUGGUCUAAUGUUUAUUAUUUACAAUAUGUUAAAUGUAUUUAUAUAAAUGUUAUUCUCCUUAUUCAAAUCUUGUAAAAUCAGUUCACAUUUUAUAUAUUUUAUGGAAGAAAACAAAAUAUUGUAAAGUACAAUGAUGAAGGAUUAGAAUGAAUUCCUUUCUGUGAGCAGUCAAAUAAAUAAAUGCAGAUGUCACAAUUAACUUUAAUCAAAUAUAUGUUUAACUAUAGACAAAAUAGGUGAAUUAAUAAAAACCAAGUUUUUAUUGUUAUUCAUAAUAAAUUAAAACAUUCUGUACAACAGAAUAUUUUUUU